AUGGCCUUCUCGGCGUUGAUCCUCCUUGUUGUCGCCCACUUCGCAGACGCCCACUUCUCCAUCGAGUACCCAACCGGAAGGGCUGUCACCGUCGGGUCGGGCAGAUUGAACGAGAGCUAUUCGCAAUGGGUCCAACCAUGCGCCGGUGUACCGGGCAAUCUCCCCGGCGGUAACCGAACAGACUGGCCGAUGACGGGCGGCAGCCUCAAGCUGGACCUGCACCAUCCGUGGACAUACAUCUUCGUCAACCUCGGCCUGGGCGACGACGUAUCCAACUUCAACUAUUCCCUGACCAACCCCUUUUGGAACGAGACUGGUAACGGAACACUCUGUGUGCCCCAGAUCGCGUUGCCUACGGAUCUGCCCAUCAGUGACGGGUCGCGAGGCAGUCUCCAAGUAGUGACUGUGGGCGACGACGGCAAUGCGCUAUACAACUGCGCUGACAUCACCUUCCGCGCCAACGCGACGGCGUUGAGCGGCAACGAGUGCGCAAACAGCACCGGAGUGUCAUAUACAGUCAUCGGAUCGCAGUCGCAGUCGCAGCCUAACCCGACGACAUCGCCGUCGUCAUCGCCAUCGCCGGGUUCUGGUUCGUUCAACGGCGUGAGCACGCUUGUGCUGUCAUCCGUGGUCGCUAUCACAAUGAGUGUCGUGUUUGGUAUGAGUGUAUAA